UGACAUUUUAGAUGGGUGUUGUUGGCUGUGUUGUUAUAUGUGAAUUCAUAAUUCAGUUUAUACGUAACACUUAAUAUCUGUUAUAUCAUUCCCUUUUGUCCAUUGCUGAUUGCUACAUUACUUCGUUACCAAUAAUAAUGGGUGAUACAAGAAAGAAGAAGAAAUUCUACUUCAGAAAACGUAAAAACAAGUAUUUCUUGGAACCCGGCUUCAGGGGCUUCUUUUGCACGUGUAACUUCAGAGAAAAGGACUGUGUAAAAGAGGUUUAUAAUUUGCUAAAUGAGUACACUGCGAAGCUGUAUCCUGACCUCAAUGCUGUGGACCCUGUAGAAAGGCCUGCGUCCGUGGCUCCCGACGACCGGUCUGAAAGUGAAUCCGAAGACGAGACUGAUAUUGGAGACCUAUUAAAACGUGAGGUGGACUCUCUGAAGAGGAAUUCACAAAAAUCUCUCAAACACAAACGAUUCCAAGUAGUCGAGACUGGUGCAUCAAAUUGCAUUUUCAUAAAAACUAACUUGCCAAGUCCAGAAGAGCUAAUAGAAGCUAUAGUCAAGGAUCUCCAUGUUACUAAGCUACAGAAAACAAGACAUGUGAUGCGUUUACUCCCUAUUAUGGCUACAUGUAAAGCAAACUUGCCAGACAUAAUGGAGUGUGCUGGGAGAUUGUUUGAUAAAUAUUUUUUAAAAGAGCCAUCCACUUUUGCUGUCAUAUUCAACAAACGUUUCAACAGCAGUGUAUCCAGAGAUCUUAUUAUCAAAGAACUUGCAGAAAUGGUGGUAAUGAAGAAUGGGGACAACAAGGCGGAUUUGAAAAAUCCCACUCUAUGUAUAAUAGUUGAAAUUAUUAAGGGGAUUUGCUUACUUAGUAUUGUGGGUAAUUAUUACACAUAUAAAAAGUAUAAUUUACAUGAGCUAAGUAAACAGGAGACCAAUAAUGAUGUGGAGGAGUCACAAGCUAAGAAGUUUAAGAGUGAUGUGCAUGAGGCUGACAUGGAGACUGUGACCCAGUAAAAACUACUACUAUAUUUACCUGGUGUAAACUGUAGUUUUACUGCUAAGUUUCAAAGUGAUGUGGAGCCCCAAAACCCUUUCUAUACCAAAAUUGUCUAUGUCUAAAAAAAUUCAAUUAUAAUUGUAAUAUGAAAUAAAAUAUAAAAAUUGGUAUCUA